AUGGCUAACGUGGGGGAGGAGGGGUUCAUCCUGUCCGCCAUGGCCGGCCCCAACAAACUUGUGACACAUCACUCGACCUCCUUUGAUUUUGGACCAGCUUCGACUGGGGCUAUGAUUGGACAAGAAAUUGUUCCCGGACUUGGGGAGCUGGUCUUUGCCUUAUCACCACGGAGGUGUGGAUACUUACAUGCGUACGAUGUGUAUGCAAGAAAGACGAAGUUAGGAGUACACACACGUGCAAGUUUCCGAGAAAGUGGGAUGUCAAGGUUGUCUACUUCCGUGUCGGCGUGCAUCAGCCCGAUUGCUUCUAUCAGCACCAUGCGUAUCGCCCGCCUAGUCCAUCCAGGAGGCCUCUCAGCUCUCCUUGCGUUUCGCCUUCGAGAAUGA